GGUAAAAAUGGCGUCGGACGACGAGGAAGACUUCACUCAGCUGCAAAUUAAUCAGAAUAGAAAGCAUAAAAAGGCCGGAGGAUGGCAACAAAUCGGUUUGGACCAUUCGGUUUACAAGGCGAUCGAGAAAAAAGGCUUUAAUCAGCCCACGCCGAUUCAGCGCAAAACAAUCCCGUGUAUUAUGGAUGGAAAAGAUGUGGUGGCCAUGUCACGUACAGGAUCCGGAAAAACCGCCGCUUUUGUGAUUCCGAUGCUCCAAAAGCUGAAAAGAAGAGAUACGACUGGAAUUCGGGCUCUUAUGGUGUCUCCGACACGAGAAUUGGCUCUUCAGACGUUUAAAGUCGUCAAAGAGCUCGGCCGCUUCACAGGACUCCGUUGUGCUUGCCUUGUCGGAGGAGAUCAAAUUGAGGAGCAAUUCUCCACAAUUCACGAGAAUCCCGACAUUCUUCUCGCCACUCCUGGCCGCCUUCUUCAUGUUAUCGUCGAGAUGGAUCUUCGUCUUUCAUAUGUUCAAUAUGUUGUAUUUGAUGAAGCCGAUCGGCUCUUCGAAAUGGGUUUUCAGGAUCAAUUGACGGAAACGCUAAAACGUAUCCCAGAAAGCCGUCAGACUCUUCUAUUCUCUGCUACACUUCCAAAAAUGCUCGUAGAUUUUGCAAAAGCUGGUCUAACUGAUCCAAUGCUUGUUCGCCUCGACGUCGACGAAAAAGUAUCGGAUAAACUUUCAAUGGUGUUCUGUAUGUGUCGACCGGAUGAAAAGCUCUUCGCUUUGCUCCAUUUGUGCAGACGUAUGGACCGUGAGAAUAAGCAGACAGUCGUAUUCUGUGCAACAAUGAAACACGUUGAAUACGUUGUCGGAAUUCUUCACCGAGCCGGAAUUGAUUGCUCAUUUGUGUACUCACAGUUGGAUGCGACCGCCCGUAAAAUGAAUAUUCAAAAAUUUCACGAAAAACAGAAUAAUAUUCUUGUGGUUACUGAUGUGGCGGCUCGUGGAGUCGAUAUUCCGCUGCUGGAUACGGUGAUCAACUUACAUUUUCCACCAAAAGCCAAGCUCUUUGUGCAUCGUGUUGGACGUGUCGCCCGUGCUGGCCGAUCUGGAACAGCGAUUUCUUUGAUUGCAAACGAUGAACUACCGUAUCUCACGGAUUUAUUUAUGUUUCUGGGAAAACCCAUCAAUUUUGCCAGUGAUAAGAGCGAAUAUAAGGAAGACGAAACCCUAAUCGGACGUGUCCCAGACAGCAUUGUCAGCUUGGAAACGGAGUUUUUCCACUCAAUUCAUGAUAAUAAUGAGGAUAUGCAAGAUUUGCGCCAAAAAGCGACAAAUGCAAUGAUGAAGUACACGAGAACACGUCCCCCACCAUCAGCUGAAUCUGCAAGACGUGUUAAACAAGAUAUUCGGACCGACUCAGUCGAGUGUGCUCCACAUCCAUUUUUGAAAGCCGACGGUGAUAAGCAGAGCAAUGAUAUUCUUAAUAAAAUCUCACAGUAUAAGAGCAGAAAUACAAUCUUCGAAAUGAACAAAUCGCAAAAAUCGCAAGCCCUGGCAGUAAUGCAAGCAAAACGAAAAGCUCAUGAGCCCCGAAUUUCUACAGUAACCGAAGAAAAACGAAAGCAAAAAGAGGAAAAAGAGCAGCAGCAAAAAAGUACUGACAUCGCUGUGGAAAUCGCCGAAAAAACGGUCGAAAAUGCCGGAGAGGAUGAACUUGCCGAAGUUUUUGGAACCGUUAUUGGAUCCACUAAACAUACGGAAAAAAGCGAGGAAAAGGGCGGAAAAAAGCGAAAAAUUGGAACUGGGAAGAGGAUUGAUCGAGCUGAACAAAUGAAAUUCGAGAGGGAAAAGCACUAUGUCCCAUACAUGUCAUCAGAUCAUGUCGCUGAACGACACCUGGCACUGGAUACGGUAGAUUUUGCACGUCAAGCCGAAGGAGCAUCUGUCGAUAUUAUUAUGGAUGAUGAUCGUGGAAUGUAUCAACAGAAACAUGGACAACGAUGGGAUCGUCGAUUGAAAAAAUAUGUCGGAUUAAGUGGAGGAAAUGAGCCGGCGAAUAAGAAGAUUCGAACUGAAGAUGGAACAUGGCUCCCGGCUUCAUAUAAAACUGGAAAAUACGAGGAUUGGAAGCAAAAGCAGAAGAUUGGCUUUAAGAAAAGUGAUGGAGGAGGAGAUGAUGGAGAUAAUGAAGGAUCAGGAGGAAUGGAUAGGAAGAGGAAAUGGAAGAUGGAGAAGCCGAAAGGAGGACCAAAACAUUCUGAGCUUAAGAAUAAGGAACAGAUUCUUAAGGGUCGCCGUAAGCAAGAGCAACUCGAAAACUACAUGGAGCAUCGCCGUCAGUCGAAUCUCAAAAAGAAGGCCGAGCAUCUUGGACGAGGUGGAGCCGGCGGUGCUCGUGGAGGAGCCCGUGGAGGAGCUCGUGGCGGAGCUCGUGGAGGAAGCUCCCGAGGGGCUCGCGGAGGAGCCCGGGGAGGCGGAAAAUUCGGAAACCGGCGUUGAUUUUUUGAUUUUUUUUUUUGUUAUUUUUUGGAAGUUUUUGUUGAUUUUUUCUUUAUUCGUUAUUCGUUAAAAUUGUUAAUUAAUUUUCAAAUUUUUUUGAUAAAAUUGUUAGAAAUAA